CAUUAUUGACGUAUGUCAAAUUCUGUCGAUUUCGUGUCAUGUUCUGGAUUUUGAUUCCUAAAUAAUAUUAAUUUAGAUUUUAUGAUAUUUAGUUGAAUUCCAAUAAUAAUAAUUUUAUAUUUUUUGUCAGUUCCUCAAAAAAUGGCUCAAAUGGGAGAACCUUUAACUUUGGCUAGUGACAUAAAAAGGUCCAUAGAGCUUUUAGAAAAACUCCAAAAAAGUGGUGAAGUACCGGCUACAAAAUUAGCUGCUCUACAAAAAGUUCUUCAGAGCGAUUUUUUAAAGGCAGUAAGGGAGGUUUACGAGCAUGUGUAUGAAACUGUAGAUAUUCAAGGAUCUCAGGAUGUUAGAGCUUCAGCAACUGCUAAAGCUACUGUGGCUGCUUUUGCUGCAAGUGAAGGACAUGCUCAUCCAAGAGUUGUAGAAUUGCCAAAGACUGAUGAAGGAUUGGGUUUCAACGUUAUGGGAGGAAAAGAACAGAAUUCUCCAAUAUACAUAUCUCGUAUUAUACCUGGAGGAGUAGCUGAUCGGCAUGGAGGGUUGAAACGAGGAGAUCAACUUCUUAGUGUUAAUGGCGUUUCUGUGGAAGGAGAAAAUCAUGAAAAAGCUGUAGAACUACUGAAGCAAGCUCAUGGAUCUGUGAAACUCGUAGUUAGAUAUACCCCGAAGGUGUUAGAAGAAAUGGAGCUCCGCUUCGAUAAACAACGUGCAAGGAGAAGACAACAUGUUAAUUGAACCCAAACAAUAUCUUAAUGGUUUUAUUGCUUAACUAAUUAUAGAUAUAGAAGGUGUAAGCUGAUGUAAAGCUUUAGAAAUAUUACUGCAGAUGAAUUCCUAAAUUUAUGAUUUGAUAAUGCUCCUAAAGUGCAAUUUUAUUAAUUGUUUUUAUAUCAUGUAAAAUUCAUCCACAUACAAUUCUUCCUUAUGCACUUCAUAUUUCUGUGGAUAUUUCUUUUUUUCAAUUAUCUGAAAUUGAAAGAGGCAAUGCUUUGUCUCUUUAUGAAAUGUAAUGUAAAAGUUCAUAAUUUGAAGCAGCGCCAAAUUCAGGAACUCACCCUCAAUUAAACAGUAUUUAAUGAAACUUGUUGCAGUGUUGAAUUUUUGUUAUAUAUAUUAUAUUACUUUUAGCAAUUUUAUAUAUAUUAGUUUUAUGGUAAUACACAAAUACUGAAGCUAA